CCGCGCAGCGCAGGAGGAGCAGCAGCGGCCGGAGCGCCGAGAGGGAUCGGCGCGGCGCCGCCAGCCCGCCCGCCGCGCGCCGCCGGCGGCUCCGAGCGGGACCCCGCGCCGCCGCCCGCCGCUGCCGCACUUUCCCCCGCUCCGCGCCGGGGACGAAUCCUCUCUCCGCCGCCCGGAGCCGCCUAGGAGGGGAUGUCCCUCGGCAAGAGCUGAGCGCUGGGGAGGGGCCGCCCCCCGCCCCCAAACUUUUCGCUCGGCCCCGGAGCGGCGGGGACCCGGCCCCCAUGGAGCCCGGGCGGGCAGGAGGGGCCGGGGGCGCGGCGCCCUGCGCUUCCCGUCCCCUUCCCUGACGCGGGGCGCAGCGCUCGGGGAGGGGCUCGGCUGCCGGCUCCGCUCCGGAUUUGGUGGUCCCGGCUCCGCACGUCCCUGGGGAAGCUGCCGAUGGUGGGGAGCUGCCUGCGGACCGCCUCCAGCCCCACGAGGAGCCCUUCACCCCGGCGCUUUCGCCUCCCCCUGAGCAGCGCUGCUGCGGGGAUCCCUGCGCCGGAGCCGCCCGGAUUAUAAAGUCGGGGAAGUUCUCCCCCCGCAACCCCCCCAGCUUGUCUCGGCAGAGCCAUGGCCCGGCUCCGGAGCUGGGGGCUGCUCUGCUUCGCCGUGCUCGCCCUGCCCGGCCCUCCGGGAGCCGGCGCCCAAGAUGAUGUCUCCCCUUACUUCAAGACGGAGCCGGUGCGGAGCCAGGUGCACCUGGAGGGGAACCGGCUGGUGCUGACCUGCAUGGCCGAGGGCAGCUGGCCCCUGGAGUUCAAGUGGCUGCACAACAGCCAGGAGCUCACCAAGUUCUCCCUGGAGUACAGGUACAUGAUCACCUCGCUGGACCGCACCCACGCCGGCUUCUACCGCUGCAUCGUCCGCAACCGCAUGGGAGCGCUGCUGCAGCGCCAGACCGAGGUGCAGGUGGCCUACAUGGGGAGCUUCGAGGACGGCGAGGCGCAGCAGAGCGUGUCCCACGGCGAGGCGGCCGUCAUCCGCGCGCCCCGCAUCGCCAGCUUCCCGCGGCCCCAGGUCACCUGGUUCAGGGAUGGACGGAAGAUCUCCCCCAGCAGCCGUGUAGCCAUCACGCUGGAGAACACCCUGGUCAUCCUGUCCACGGUGGCCCCGGACGCGGGGCGUUACUACGUGCAGGCGGUCAAUGACAAGAACGGGGACAACAAGACGAGCCAGCCCAUCACCCUGACCGUGGCCAACGUGGGCGGCCCGGCUGAUCCCAUCGCACCCACCAUCAUCGUGCCGCCCAAGAACACCAGCGUGGUGGCCGGGACCUCGGAGGUGACCAUGGAGUGUGUGGCCAACGCCAGGCCGCUGAUCAAGCUGCACAUCGUCUGGAAGAAGGACGGGGUGCCCGUGUCCAGCGGGAUCAGCGACUACAGCCGCCGGCUGACCAUCCUGCACCCCACCCUGAGCGACAGCGGCUUCUACGAGUGCGAGGCUGUGCUGCGCAGCAGCAGCGUCCCCGCCGUGACUGCCGGCGCCUUCCUGGCCGUGCUGGAGCCCCCACAGUUCGUCAGGGAGCCGGAGAGGCACAUCACGGCCGAGAUGGAGAAGGUGGUGGCCAUCCCCUGCCAAGCCAAGGGUGUCCCCCCUCCCGAGAUGGCCUGGUACAAGGACGCUGCCCUCCUGCAGCUGGAGAAGCUGUCCCGCUUCCAGCUGCUGGAGGACGGCAGCCUGCAGAUCAGCGGGCUGCUGCCCGAUGACACCGGAAUGUUCCAGUGCUUCGCCCGCAACGCGGCCGGCGAGGUGCAGACCACCACGUACCUGGCCGUGACCAGCAUCGCCCCCAACAUCACGCGGGGUCCCCAGGACAGCACGGUGAUCGACGGCAUGUCCGUCAUCCUCAACUGCGAGACCUCGGGGGCGCCGCGCCCGGCCAUCACCUGGCAGAAAGGGGAGCGGGUCCUGGCCAGCGGCUCGGUGCAGCUGCCGCGCUUCACCCUGCUGGAGUCGGGCAGCCUCCUGGUGAGCCCCGCGCACCUGCCCGACGCCGGCACCUACACCUGCCUGGCCACCAACUCCCGCGGCGUGGACGAGGCCUCUGCGGACCUGGUGGUCUGGGCAAGGACACGUAUCACGGACCCGCCGCAGGACCAGAGUGUCAUCAAGGGCACCAAGGCUGUCAUGAGCUGCGGGGUCACCCAUGACCCCAGCGUGGACGUCAGGUACGUCUGGGAGAAGGACGGGGCACCGCUGGGCCCCGAGAGCGGCCCCCGGGUGCGCCUGGACGAGGUGGGCACCCUGCACAUCUCCCAGACCUGGUCGGGUGACAUCGGCACCUACACCUGCAAGGUGAUCUCGGCCGGGGGCAACGACUCGCGCAGCGCCCACCUCCGUGUCCGGCAGCUCCCCCACGCCCCCGAGAGCCCCGUGGCCGCCCUGAGCCCGCAGGAGAAACGGGCCAUCAACCUCACCUGGGCCAAGCCCUUCGACGGCAACAGCCCCCUGCUCCGCUACGUCGUGGAGGUCUCCGAGAACAACGCGCCCUGGACCGUGCUGCUGGCCAGCGUGGACCCCGAGGUGACAUCGGUGACAGUGCGGGGCUUGGUCCCCGCUCGCUCCUACCAGUUCCGCCUGUGCGCUGUGAAUGACGUGGGCAGGGGCCAGUUCAGCAAGGACACGGAGAGGGUGUCCCUGCCCGAGGAGCCGCCCUCCGCGCCCCCCCAGAACGUCAUCGCCAGCGGCCGCACCAACCAGUCCAUCAUGAUCCAGUGGCAGCCGCCCCCCGAGAGCCACCAGAACGGGGUGCUCAAGGGCUACAUCAUCCGGUACUGCCUGGCCGGGCUGCCCGUGGGGUACCAGUUCAAGAACAUCACCAACGCCGAGGUCAACAACCUCCUCCUGGAGGACCUCAUCAUCUGGACCAACUACGAGAUCGAGGUGGCCGCCUACAACAGCGCCGGCCUGGGGGUCUACAGCAUGAAGGUGACAGAGUGGACCCUGCAGGGAGUGCCCACGGUGCCUCCUGGGAAUGUGCAGGCUGAGGCCACCAACUCCACCACCAUCCGCUUCACCUGGAACCCCCCCAGCCCCCAGUUCAUCAACGGCAUCAACCAGGGCUACAAGCAGCACUUGGAAGUCGAGCCCAUCCCUUGA